AUGAGGGGCUUGUCGGGAGGAAGAAGAGAAAAGCUGUCAGGGAAGCCUAAAGCUCGGUCUAGUCCUGGACUAGUCGCUGAGAUCUCAGUGUUCACCUUGAUGAGGAUUCCUGAGUCCCCUCGUUGCAAAUCAAUAGCUCUGUACACGAGAGUGUGCAAUUACUCUUCCUACUGUGAUUUUAUUUACCUGAUGCCUCAAAAGUUUGAGUAUGAACAAUAUUUGCAACUAGAGAAAACGUCGCGUUUCAUCUACAGUGACAAAAGGAGCUCAUGUUACAGUGUAGAAGAUCUUAUGGGCGAGCUGGCAAAGCAGGCAAAAAAUAGAGCCACCAUAAGGGAUAAGAGAGACCGUUUUAGAAGAAGCAAAAGUUUCUACUCUUCACAUUAUUCAAGGGACCAUUUUCCCCAUGAAAGGGAGGCCGCACUUCUCAGAGGAUCACCUGGAGAUCGAAAGGAAUCUCCACACAGCAGAUCCGGCUCCAGUGUCAGCAGCAGAAGCUACUCUCCAGAACGGAGCAAACCUUAUGCAUUCCACCAGUCUCAGAAUAGAAGAACAGAGAGAGCUGCUCAGCCCCUGAAAACAUCACAAGACACUUCAACUUUGAGCUCUUCAGCAGUUCCUUCAUCAAGGAGGGCACCUGCCACACCAUUAGUCAUUGACCAGCCCCAAGAACCUGAGUCCAACACAACAGAAUGGAUAGAAUUAUUUGCAGAUGGCCAGCUAAACAGUCGCUCUAAAGCAAUAGCAUCCAAAAUGAAGGAAAUUGAACAAGUUUACCAGCAAGACUGCGAAAUUUUUGGGAUGGUGGUGAAAAUGCUGAUUGCAAAAGAUCCUUCAUUAGAACAGACUAUACAGUUUGCUCUGAGGCAGAAUUUACAAGACAUAGGUCAGCGGUGUAUUGAAGAGCUGAAGCAUUUCAUAGCAGAGUAUGAUAAUUCUGCUCAAGAUUUUGGAGAUAAUCUUUAGAAAACUUAGCAUUCAGGCAAAAUAAAUAA